GCGCGCCUGCGCGAGGACGAGGGCUGCCCGGUGCCGCCCGAGCGCCCCCUGCCCCGCCGCGCCUUCGCGCGCCAGCUCUGGCUGCUCUUCGAGUUCCCCGAGAGCUCGCAGGCCGCGCGCGUGCUCGCCGUCGUCUCAGUGCUCGUCAUCCUCGUUUCCAUCGUCGUCUUCUGCCUCGAGACACUGCCCGACUUCCGCGAUGACCGCGACACCUCCGGGCUGGCUGCGGUGGCCGCCGCUGGCCCGCUGGCCGCUCGGCUGAAUGGCUCCAGCCCCGUGCCCGGACCUCCGCCCCGCCUGCCCUUUGACGACCCCUUCUUUGUGGUGGAGACGCUGUGCAUCUGCUGGUUCUCCUUCGAGCUGCUCGUGCGCCUGGUGGCCUGCCCGAGCAAGGCCAUCUUCUUCAAGAACGUGAUGAACCUCAUCGAUUUUGUGGCCAUCCUGCCCUAUUUUGUGGCACUAGGCACUGAGCUGGCCCGGCAGCGGGGGGUAGGCCAACCAGCCAUGUCGCUGGCCAUCUUGCGGGUCAUCCGGUUGGUGCGUGUCUUCCGCAUCUUCAAGCUGUCGCGGCACUCGAAGGGCCUGCAGAUCUUGGGCCAGACGCUCCGGGCCUCCAUGCGUGAGCUGGGGCUCCUCAUCUUCUUCCUCUUCAUCGGGGUGGUCCUCUUUUCCAGCGCAGUCUACUUUGCCGAAGUUGACCGGGCAGACUCCCAUUUUACCAGCAUCCCCGAGUCCUUCUGGUGGGCAGUGGUGACCAUGACCACGGUGGGCUAUGGAGACAUGGCGCCCGUCACUGUGGGCGGCAAGAUCGUGGGCUCGCUAUGCGCCAUCGCUGGCGUGCUCACCAUUUCCCUGCCCGUGCCGGUCAUCGUCUCCAACUUCAGCUACUUCUACCACCGCGAGACAGAAGGCGAAGAGGCGGGCAUGUACAGCCAUGUGGACACGCAGCCCUGUGGCACCGUGGAGGGCAAGGCCAACGGGGGGUUGGUGGAUGGAGAGGUGCCCGAACUGCCACCUCCACUGUGGGCCCCCCCGGGGAAACACCUGGUCACUGAAGUGUGAG